UCCACUUUAUCCAACUUACCGAAGGAUCAUUUCUGAUAUCCAGCUGUCAGCCAUCAGUUAUUGUGGAAAAGUUUAUUACUUGCUGUUUGUCAGGACGAUUGUAUUUUCAGUGUUCGAGGAAAAAUCACAACGUUACUGAAGACUGUUGACGGAGUAUGGAUAGUAACAAUCGUUACAACUCGGAGAACGACAGUCCGGGUGAGACUUCUCCUCGCAAGGACGUUUCUCCACUGACUGUAGCUGACCCUGACCCUGCUAAUGGUGCUUCAAAUAUGAUACUUAAUCAGUCUAACACAACCACUGACACCCCUACGAAUCCUACGACAGCACAAAUGGCAGAGGAAGACACAAUAUCACCGCCCAAACCCGAUUUUUCUGCGCCACCUCCGUACGAACUAGCUACAAAAUUACCCAGCUAUGAGGACGUUCAGCGUGAGAAAACACUACAGGGAGAAACCACCCCUCACAUACAUCCUCAAAUUCAUAUGCCUGCUGGAAUUAGACCGCCACAGCAACCAUUAACAAUUCUAGCUAUUGACACUGAUGGCGUGGACGGUGAUGCAUUGUCAGAGAGCCGAAUGCUCGGUACAGAUUUUAUGUUUUUCACGGCUUUUUUGGUUGCCUUUCUGUUUAACUGGAUUGGUUUCUUGCUUCUGAUGUGCUUCUGCCACACAGUUGCCUCUCGGUAUGGAGCACUAUCAGGCUUCGGACUUUCGUUGACAAAAUGGACUCUGAUUGUUAAACAUUCCACCGAUUUAGCUUCUCGCGAGAAUUCCUGGCUUUGGUGGCUUAUCAUGGCAUUCGGAGUUCUAAUCUGUGUCCGUGCCAUCAUCCAAUAUUUGAAUAUCAAGCGAGGCUGGAGGCUUCUCUCUGGUAGUCCCCAAGAGCAUUUCCUAUUUUUUUAUUGAGGCUUUGAGCAGAAAAUAUUGUAACCUUUAUGGUAUAGAGCAAACAGCAUUUUUACUUGAAAUUAUACUUGUAUGGUACAUAUAACCGACACCCAUAGGCAAACAUCACUCUAGAAAUGUACGAAUUGUACUGUGAGAAGCGCAAAACUCAGAAGAGAGCUACUGGAGUUUGCCAAAUUUGUUAAAAACCCAUAGACUACAAACCAAACUUAGAGAAAAAAUUUAAUCCAGUAAAGAGAUGAAAUGGCACCUAAAAAUUAGGUUCCUCUUAUACUUUUUUAUUGCUCAAAUAGCAGUGAUAGCGCUUGCGACAAACUCCAGUCCUUAAUUUACACGUUUUCGCUUCGAACGUACUCGUGUAAUUUGUGACACUAUUUUCUUUAUCGUGCUGUAAUCAUUAUUGGUCUGCACCCGAAGUUUUCGGAUCGUGUGACUUUCUUCAAUUUUAUUCUUCUUUUGUGAAAUCACAGAUUCCAAACACAUUGGCAUGAUCACAAUCAGUGUGAAAAUUACCAUCGAAGCGGCUUCAUAUUAGAAAUUUGAUUAAUAUGUCCGUCGAUAUUUCUUGUUUUUACUUUGUAAUUUAUAUAUAAACAUAUUAUACAUAUAUAAUUAUAAAUUAUGUAAGAAUACCUAGGUUAGAGUAAGCUACACGAGUGUUUUAAAAAUAAUCGAUUGGUAAUAUUACACUUAAGUUCUUUAUCAAAUACGUCAUUGUUAUAUAAUUAUUACAAUAGUACAUUAUACCAAAUGUAUUAUAGUACCUUACCAGGAUCAUUUUUUAUUUCCUGGACAUGUAAAAAAUUCCUCAGAGCCGUAACUAGCCUUUUAUGCGCCUGGUGGGAAUACAUAAUUCUGCGAACCCUCUAAAUAGUCUAAAUCUAAAAGAAGUAAUGCCGCAGGCAAGUAAAAUAUUUCAAGGUUUACAUGGCAUGUCUCGGAUUAAUUUUAGAAUUCAAAUUAGUAUCAAUAGUAGUAUACAUUUUGAAAAAUAGUAGGAAAAUAUUAGCAAGAAAAUUUUUUAAUACAUUUCCCCUAAAAUCUCAUAAAAUCAUUUCGAAUCUUUUAAGAUAUACCCCAUGUACUUUGAAAUCCGUUGAAAUCCUUCUGGAAAAAAAUCCUGGAAAAUUCUUUAAUCUUUUUACAUCCCUUAAAAUCCGUAUAAAUCUCUUGAAAUCUGGUCAUUUAUUUUGCAAUCUCUUAAUUCUGGAGAAAUCUCUGAAAUCCGUUGGAUAUCUUUUAAAAAUCUUUUGAAAAAUUCUGAAAUUCUUUGAAAUCUCUGUACAAAUUUAAAUGCAGCAAACCUGGAUUCCGUGUUCCUCCAUUUCAUAUUUCCGAGAAUUGAGGCCGUGCGAUGUGGAUGAGUGGGAAAAGCUUCGGGAGGAAAAAAAACAGGAGAGACAAAAUAGUUCCGUGACUCUUGAUUUAAUGUAACGCUCAAUCCCAAAAUUGACAUUAAAUCCAGGUUUGACUGCACUUUAAAAUCCUUUGCUUAAUCCUUUAAACAAUCAAAUUAAGUAAGCCUUUUAGUUUGGAAUUUAUAACAUCCAUUAAAUCUUGUGAAAUCCCGAAUAAUCCUACAAAAAUCGAAGAAUAUCCUGUAAAACAUCUUUAAAUCUAUAAUAUCUUUCAAAACUCCUACAAAAAGAAUGAUACUCUCGUAAAAUCAUCAAAAUAAAAAAAAUCCUUUAGAAUCCCCUGAAAUCUCUUAUAUUUUUUGAGGUUCCUUAAAUCCUACUCUCUGAUAUCUAUUAAAAAUCCUUGAAUUCUCUUAAAAUUUCUGGAAUAUUCUGUAAUUUUUUCUAAAUCUUAUACAAUCUUUUAAUUUGUUUUGAAAUCCUUUGAAUCCCUCAAAUUUGGUCAAAUUCCUUAAAUUCCUUAAAAUCUUUUGAAUUUCUGUAGCCUUAUGAAAUCAUUCGAAUCUCCUGAUAAUUUUUUAAAUAUAUAAAUUGGCAUUGAAAAAAGUUAAAAUCAAACUUAUUUUCAAUUUCAUUACAUCAUUUGAUACGAAAUUUGUGAUAUUUCAAGUGAUUCGAUAAAUUUGUUUAAUUUGCAAAAAUUCCCGGUGAAACAAUAAAUUCCCUGUCAUUUGCCAAUCCAGUGUCCACCUUAAUAAUCUUACAAAAUUCUUUUAAACGUUAUUGAAUUCCUCGGUAUUUAAAAAAAUACACUGUUCUUUAAAAUACUUUGAUAAUAUUUUUAAAUGCAUUACAUUUGGUGAAAUCCGAUUCAACAUCUUGGAAUAUUUAAUAUCUUUUGAAAUUCCUUUAAAAAUCUUUAAAACUUUUAAAUCCUCUGAGACUCCAAAAAGUCCAUAGAAGUCCCUUAAAAUUGCAUUCCAUUUCAUUUACCCCCUAAAGUUCUUCAGAAAGUCUUUGAAAUGAUGUACAUAAAUUCCCUUAAAGUCUCAUUUGCAAUCCCUUGAUACCCUUUUUGAAAUUUGCAAUAUAUCUUAGAAUUUAUUCAAAACUUUUAAUUCUUUUGAUAUCAUAAUUAUAAAAACUUUUUAAAUUUUGAUUUUCGAGAUAACGGAUAUGUUAUUUUAGCCAAUCAUCAGGGCAUAUUCUAAGCCUCAAUCAGAACGCGUAUGGUGUCGGAACUGUUAACAUACUUAUUUGUGUUUGUAGUGCACUGCUGCGCAAUUAACAAAAAUUAUAGCUAAAAUCAAUUACUUUUCAUGGCCGUUAUGUGCUAAAAUGUAGUUUUGCACCGACCAUUAUCAAGUUUUAGAACUGACCUUCUGGUCAGAACUGAUCGUUAGAAUAUGCCCUGCCAAUCAUCGAAGUUUUAAAAAAAUGCAUUGUGAGCAAUUAAGUGUCGUGAGUCCGUGGCCUGAAAUAAAAUUGAAAUAUUUUGAUUUGAAA